AUGAGUACGAGGUCCAAAAACUUGAACUCUGUUUUCUACUCCGACGUCUACCAUCCCAUUCAAGCCGGAAGCAUCGACGGCACCGAUAUUCUUCCUCACGACAAUGCCAUUCUCCGUGCCCAACUAUGUUCCUCUAUCGGCCUCUAUGACCCAUUUGGUGAUCCUAAGGCCACUGGUGACCCUUAUUGUACCCUCUUCGUGGGUCGUCUCUCCAGACUCACCACGGACGACACUCUCCGCAAGGUUAUGAGUCAGUACGGCCGGAUUAAGAAUUUGCGCUUGGUGAGGGACAUUGUGACAGGAGCUUCUCGUGGUUAUGCUUUUGUCGAAUUUGAAACUGAAAGGGAGAUGCGUCAAGCAUAUACGGAUGCUCAUCAUUUGAUUGUUGAUGAUUGCGAAAUCAUUGUUGACUAUAAUAGACAACAACUGAUGCCCGGAUGGAUUCCUAGAAGGUUAGGUGGUGGUCUUAGUGGUAAUAAGGAGUCGGGACAACUUCGUUUCGGGGGAAGAGAAAAACCAUUUCGUGCACCAUUGAAACCAAUUCCAUACGCGGAGUUGAAGAAGCUUGGUAUUCCACCUCCACCUGAGGGAAGAUACAUGUCACGUUUUGAGGUUCCAUCACCUCCUAGAAGAGAAAAGAACCUCUCAGACAAGGAAGAAGACUCUGAUACAAGGGGUUCUAGUGACAGAAAUAGGAGAAAAGGAAGUCCAGUUGAAUUGGAGGAAGGGCACUAUAAAAGAAGUUCAAGUCACCGAGGAGACUACUCGUAUGGAAGGAGCUCUUCAGAGAGGAAAGAUGAUUCCUAUGAUAGGAGCUCUUCGGAGAGACAUAAUCGUUACCAUGACAGGAGCUCUUCGGAGAGGAGUGAUCGUUACCAUGGCAAGAACUCUUCAGAGAGGAGUGAUCGUUACCAUGACCGGAGCUCCUCGGAGAGGAGUGAUCGUUACCGUGACAGGAGCUCUUCGGAGAGGAAUGAUCGUUACCAUGACAGGAACUCUUCAAAGAGGAGUGAUCGCUCUUCAGAAAGGAGUGACCGUUACCAUGACAGGAAAUCUUCAAAGAGGAGUGAUCGCUCUUCGGAAAGGAGCUCUUUAGAGAGGAGUGAUAGUUACCAUGACAGAAGCUCUUUAGAGAGGGAUGACCGUUACAAUGAAAGUAGCUCUUCUAAGAGGAGUGACUGUUACAAUGAAAGGAGCUCUUCCAAGAGUUCAACCGAAACAGAUAAACAUUCACGUAAAAGAAAAGAAAGAUGUGAACACUCUCCUAGGCGGGAAAAAUAUAGUCGCUAUUCCCCUCACGAGGAAGACUAA